GAGGUAACCCAGAUAGACCAGUUCCUCCAGGAGACGGCGGCGCGGGAGGCCAAUGCCAAGGUGCGCCUGCAGCAGUUCAUUGAGGAGCUCCUGGACCGUGCCGACCGCGCUGAGAAACAGCUGCAGAUCAUCAGCAGCUGCGGGACCACGCCCAACGGCAGCAUGGGACGCUACAGCCUGCCCGGCUCCAACAAGGGCUCCAACAAUGGACGCCAGGUGAGCUGAUCCAAGCCCGGUUUUGCUUUUUAAUACACAAAUAGUUAAGGUAAGCUGAUUCUAGAUCUGUAGCCUGCCAGGCUCCAAAGGGCAACAAAUGCCAGGUGAUCUGGAGUGGAGAGAGGAAGUUGACCGUAUAGUAGACAAACAAAAGUCAGAUUUGUGUGAGGGGAGCCUAAUGGUUAAGAGUUGGGAAAGGUAAACUCAUCCUAGAUCUGUGUCUGGUGAUCUGGAGUGGAGAGGAAGUUGACCUAGAUACUGAUCUGAGGUAGAUUUGUGUGUGGAGCCUAAUGGUUAGAAAGGUAAGCUGAUUCUAAUGUCCCUGUUUAAAAACUCCCCUUCCUUGAUGUGAAAUAAUCAAGUGCGAUCUAAUGUGGUAGAAGCACCUGCUAACUCCCAUAACUCCGAAGCGACAAAGGAAGGAAGGAUGCAUUCUUCAUAGGAUUAGAUCAGGGCCAAUGGCAUCUCCACAAAUGAGUCACUUCCUGUUGUUACAUUGACAGGACAACCAAUAGGGGAAGACAAAUCCAUGGCUGCCUACAAAGCUGUCUGGGGGAAAAGAUGUCAGUGACGACUUGUCAAAGUAGCUUUUUACCUUGAAUAAUGAAUAGGCAUUGAGUCUAUUGAACUGUGCCACUGUAGACUCUCACAGGACAAAACCAGGAUGGACUUACAUAAACCAGAUAGAGCUGGGUCAAGUAAACUGAGUAUCUGAUUAAUAGACUGUGUGUGUGUGGCGUGUGCGUGUGCAUGUACUGCGUGUGUGUGUGUGUGUUUACUGAAUUGAACAGUUGUAGUUGUACAUCACAGGAGGCUGCUGAGGGGAGGACAGCACAUAACAAUGGCUGAAACGGAGCGAAUGGAAUGGCAUCAAACACAUGGAAACCAUGUUGGAUGUAUUUGAUACCAUUCCAGCCAUUACCACGAGCCCGUCCUCCCCAAUUAUGUUUCCACCACCCUCCUGUGUUGUAUAUUCAUUAAUAUAGUCCUUACAUAAUCAACAUUCCAUGUCACUUAUAUAAUUGGGUCUACAACUGCAUAUCUUAGUUCCAGUCCCAAUAAAUUGGGUUAUUUUUUGGGGUGAUAUUGGUAUCAUUUUAAAUGAUCAGUGACAAAAAUAAAUAACUGAUUUUGGAGCGACAUGAAAACAGACAGUCAGAGAAUCUAUCCUGGCAUGUGGGCUGUGGAUGUCUAUGUCUGAGACCCAAAUGGCAACUUAUUCCCUACAUAGUGCACUACUUUUGACCAGAGCUCUAUGGGCCCUGGUCAAAAGUAGUGCACUGUAUAGGGAAUAGGAUGCCAUUUGGGAUGCAUCUUAUCACUUGGGCUAUUAGAAACAGGCAAGGCAGGCGUGUUGUGACACGUGUCGACUCACCACAAUUUUGCGUUUAAUUUGAUCUGAGCCGAUAGUGAGUGUGUUAAAUAUUUAUUAAACAGAAUGGGAGAGCGCUGGACUGUGAAUAGCGGAAUUGGACAGCGAAGGAGGAGGAGGUGUGUGUGUGUGUGGGGAGCGGGGUGUGUGUGCGUGUGAUGAUGUGUGUAUGCAUGUUUGCAUGCAUGCUUAUGUGUGUAGCCGCUGGUCAUGUCACCACUCUAUUUCUUCAUUUACCUCAGAGGUAUAAUUGGUUGUCUAGGUGUUGUUAGUCAUUACUGUUGUUGGGAUAGAGAUGCACACAGCUUUAAUUUAAAUGCUAAAUAGGUUUUAGCUAAUGAUCAGGUAUUUUGAUUACAGGAAUCAGUAGUGUCUGACUCACUUGAUAUCAGGGUUACCCUUGAGGCAUGAGGAAAUUCUGUGGGGACAUUUCAGAAUUUCCUAAUGCCCUUAGAUAUGAUCUGAAAUCUAAAAUAUUGCAUUGGUAUUGAUUACAUGCAGAAAACAACCAUACAGUAGAGGCAAUGAUAAUAUUCCCCCAGGUUCACUAUGCCCCCAUAUUAUAGACCAAAACAAAGUAGACAUUGUGAUGCAUUUUACUAAGAUCUCCCCUGCCAUUUCCAAUUCUCAAAUUCUAAAGUGUCAUUUAUCCAAGUGCUGUGAGCGAGAAAGAGAUGGCCAGUUUCUAUCCAUUUUCCUUCCAUCUAUCGUUUCCAUGGAGACACACCAGUGGCUCUACUUGUUCAAGUCGUCCAGGUCAGGUGAUAGCGCAGUAGUUGGUCUCUGAUUCAUCUUAGAUACCACAUUCUACUCUCCCCCCUCCUGUAUCUUUCCCACCUCUGACCUCUUCCACAGUUGACAGAGUUAAGUGAAUGUGUGUUUCCCGCGCCGACCAGAUUCCCCACCAUUUACCAUGCACAACCUGCAUCCCAUCAAGCUCAUUCAUUACCCAACCUGAUGUAGCCUAGCUAGGAUGUCUCCCAAAUGGCACCCUAUUCCCUACAUAGUGCACUACUUUUGAUCAGAGCCCUAUGAACCUGGUCAAAACUAGUGCACUAUAUAGGGAAUAAGCCGCCAUUUGGGAUGUAACCCCUAGUCUCCAUUAGUGCUCUAUUAAGUGGCUAAAUUGUCAACAUUUUACAGGGCUUGCACUUCAUCUGUGUUAAGAGGCUGUUAGACAGUCAGGGAUGUGCAGCAGUGUUGCUAUGAUGCUUUUGAGGCUUGAUUUGUGUCCACAGUAGUCAUCUUGUUUGUCUUCUGGUUCUUAUGAGUCGUUGUUUUCAGCAUUAUUUUCAUUGUGUCCAUGGCUAGGAUAUUAUAAUAUUAUAGGACAUUUGGCAUGCUACGGACACCAGAAAGAUACUGCAUGCUGGCACACUGGCACAUUGGCCAUCCAGGGAUGCCCCCCCUCUCUGCCAUUGCUCACUUUCCCCUCCUCCCUCUCUCUCUCCCCCUCCCUCCUUCCAUCCCUCUCUCCGAUUAUGUUUGGGUAGAGAGUGAGUGAGUGAGAUGGAUGGGUGUUUGCCUGCUUCCUCCCUGCUCUGUUUCCACUGGCGCUGGGCCCAGACAGGGUUUUCUCUCUCUCUAUGUGUGUGUUUGCGGCGCCGGUCCGUGGUGCUGAGUGUGCGCGCACACACACACACCUCAGUACAUCUGAGAUAUUUGGGAAGCACCUGUAGGGAAUUGGCUUGAAAGGAGAAAGAGAAGGGAGGUAAAGAGCGAGAGAGUUGGGGAGAAGGAAUCUAGAGAGGGUAGUGAGAAAAACGGAGUGGUGCUGUAGAUGGAGGUAUUGGGCGAGAGGAGGAGAGCGGGAUAGAGGUAGAGGGAUGGGAGACAGCGUGAGUUCCUAUACGGUAGGUAAAGGGAGGGGAUGAGACAGAUGGAAAAGCAGAGGGAACGAAGAAAAAGUGAAAGGGAAAUGUGGCAGGCCCACGCUCAAAACCUCCUGAAUAUCUUCAGCUCCUUAUGUAAAAGAGGGGGAUUACCAACUCUCCCUCCCUUUUCACACUCUUUGACCAGGGUGGUCAAAAGUCGUGCACUAUAUAGAGAAUAGGGUGCCCUUUGGGACGCAGACACUCUCUUUCAGAUAGCUCCGAUUACACUUCCUUAAUGUCAGCCAAUUAGCUGCCUUGUUUUCUGCGCCUCAGCCAAUCACAGUUAAUUAUCCCUAAACCUCAGAGAGCAUACAGGAGCUUUUCAGUUCCCUCAACAGGGGCGGUGUGUUCAAUAGGGCGAUAUGGGCGACGCACUGCCAAACGGGAAAAGGAAGGGAUUUUUUUUCUAAUCAAUUAUAUCACGGCAACAGUAGUUAUCAGUGUUGUAAUCUAGACGUCUGAUCUGCCACAGUGCCACUAAAUGUCCAAUCAGGCUAAAGUCGUGCUUCAAAUGGCCCCCCCCCCCCCUUUGGGGCGAUUUCAGUCAGGUUGAAAAUCGCCCAGAAGUCUGUCAUAGACUCCCAUGUAAAAUCUAUUUUUUUCAAAUAUCAGAGCUUUCAAUACAAUCUCUAUGGGUUUCUGAGGGCUUGCACUUACGCGCUUUCGUCAUACGUAACAUAUAACCAUGAACGUAACUAAGAAAAGAGCGGGUAGCAGCGUCAAUCAAUUCACUACUUCUAUCAAAAUGGCUAGGCUUCAGUGCAACUCGAUUGUGUCUUUGAAAGAAGUUCCUUUUUGUCGGCGAACAAAUGAAGAUAAAUUGGCAACGAAACAAUUAGGACCUCCCAGACCAAAUUUAAUAAUUCAACAGGUUUCUACUAAAGGGGGGAAGUCCUACACCCGAGGAUUUUCCAAAAAUUGGUACGAACGAAAAACCUGGCUAGCAGGCUGCGAUGUAGCUAAUGCAGUCUUCUGCUACCCCCUGCUUACUCUUUCACCCUGAAGGUGGCACGGCAGACAGCACCGCUUGGACAGUGACUGGUGUGUAACGGACAUGCACCAUCUUUCAGGAAAGAUUAAGAAACAUGAGCUGUCAAAGACCCACAUGGAUAGCUGUUUGAGAUUGUCUGCUUUGGGGAGAGUGAACAUUCCCACUCAACUGGAUGAGGGAUACAGGCUAGCUGUCCGCCGCCACAACGAUGAGGUUAGUGUUGAUAAUCACAAGUUUACUGGAGAACUGAAACUGACAAGGCUGACAAGAUAGGACCCUUUUGUCCAUUGUUAUUGGAUAGGAACAUAACUUAUAACCAGCUCCUGACCUAAAUAGAUCUUAGCACAACAUUUUACUCAACAUAUCAUAUUCCAUAUUCACUAUAACAAAUAUAUUUACUACGACAUUAGCAAGAACCGCCACAUCCUCAGCCGGCUAAUCCAGUGUGUGAAGUUUUGCGGAGUGUUUGAGUUAGCUUUGCGAGGCAAAGAUGAAACUGAGGGCUCCACCAACCCUGGUAAGCCAACACUUUUGAGAUCAGUCAAUAAAUGCUUCUGGUAUUGACUUAUAUGCUGCCCCUGUCUUCAUGUUGUUGCUGGACAUAUCUUUUUUAAAAUGUGUGUAGGUCACCUAAAUCAUCAGAAAAAUUGCCCCCCCUGAGAAUUUUUUCAGGAGCCGCCACUGCUAACGAUGUUCCCGAACAGAUUUCACUUGGUUUCCCAAAUUAAGCACUGGGUAGCUGCAGGAACAGGGUUGGAGAGCCCAUGGCAUACAGAAUCUUGUCAGUUUCAGUUCUCCAGUAAACUUGUGAUUAUCAACACUAACCUCAUCGUUGUGGCGGCGGACAGCUAGCCUGUAUCCCUCAUCCAGUUGAGUGGGAAUGUUCACUCUCCCCAAAGCAGACAAUCUCAAACAGCUAUCCAUGUGGGUCUUUGACAGCUCAUGUUUCUUAAUCUUUCCUGAAAGAUGGUGCAUGUCCGUUACACACCAGUCACUGUCCAAGCGGUGCUGUCUGCCGUGCCACCUUCAGGGUGAAAGAGUAAGCAGGGGGUAGCAGAAGACUGCAUUAGCUACAUCGCAGCCUGCUAGCCAGGUUUUUCGUUCGUACCAAUUUUUGGAAAAUCCUCGGGUGUAGGACUUCCCCCCUUUAGUAGAAACCUGUUGAAUUAUUAAAUUUGGUCUGGGAGGUCCUAAUUGUUUCGUUGCCAAUUUAUCUUCAUUUGUUCGCCGACAAAAAGGAACUUCUUUCAAAGACACAAUCGAGUUGCACUGAAGCCUAGCCAUUUUGAUAGAAGUAGUGAAUUGAUUGACGCUGCUACCCGCUCUUUUCUUAGUUACGUUCAUGGUUAUAUGUUACGUAUGACGAAAGCGCGUAAGUGCAAGCCCUCAGAAACCCAUAGAGAUUGUAUUGAAAGCUCUGAUAUUUGAAAAAAAUAGAUUUUACAUGGGAGUCUAUGACAGACUUCUGGGCGAUUUUCAACCUGACUGAAAUCGCCCCAAAAGGGGGGGGGGCCAUUUGAAGCACGACUUUAGCCUGAUUGGACAUUUAGUGGCACUGUGGCAGAUCAGACGUCUAGAUUACAACACUGAUAACUACUGUUGCCGUGAUAUAAUUGAUUAGAAAAAAAAUCCCUUCCUUUUCCCGUUUGGCAGUGCGUCGCCCAUAUCGCCCUAUUGAACACACCGCCCCUGAUCGUUAGUAACAUGUUUUCACAACCAAACAUAUUUAAUUAAACUGUUGACAGCCCCCAUCUCUGCACGCUCGAGAAAGGAAUGAAGGAGAGAGAGGAGGAGAUGGAAACUCACGGUGGUGAGAUAUUCUUUAGCUAAAGGUAAUAUGUCAACCUAUUAAUUAUGAAAAGAUAAAAAAUGCCCUAUUACUAGGCUAUUCAAAAUCAAAUACAAAUUCACUAUACCGCAGGCUAUACUGUAGGCUAACUCUGUAAGCCACCCUGCACAAUCAAUGAACCAACCACAUCACCAAGGCCUAUAAGUUCUCUCCCAGACUCAUGGAUAGAAAGCGUAGCAUAAGGUAACCUGUCCAUCCAGUAUCCAUAAUAAUACAGUCCACACUCAAAAGCGAUCACUAGAAUUUGUUACAUUUUGGAGUAUUGGCUAGACCAAUUAUGUACCAAAGACAUCUUAAAUCAGUAUAAAAAAAGGUAGGUAGGCUAUGUAUUGUAUAACGGCACAAUCAUUAUUUUAAUUCAUUUAAUUUUUUCGGGCUUGAGCUCAAAUACAGUAUAGGCCUAUGCGUAUGCAUACAGUAUAUGCGUAUGGGUUUAAUCAACACCUUAGAAAGCACUGUCCAUUUCAUUGUUAUGCUUUGAAACAACAUCCACAACGACCAUGUUUUCCACUCAGUUUCUUUCUUCAAUCUUAUCAGUCACAGUGAGGUGAGUUUGAAAAGCACAAUACUGUUUUGAUGAUAAGUGUUUGAUGUGAUUUUCGAUUUCAUUUGCAUUGAUGUCAGAGUGGUUAGAUGGACAAUAGAGCCCUGAGUACCAGGCCAUUAGAGACCUGAUGGUCGUUAGCGAGUUGGGUACUACCAACGCAUGUCCAGGGUGCAUAAGGAGAUUUACUGCGGUCAUGACUCAUAACUGCUGGUGUGGCGGUAAUAGGGUCACCCCAACAGCCCUACUCGUGCCCCUACUGUCAUUGAUAUUACAGCCUUUUUCAUUGCGCCAUCUUGGUCAGGUCAUUAUUGUAAAAAAUUAUGUGUACUCAAGGACUUACCUAGUUAAAUAAAGACAAAAACCAGUGCCUUCAGAAAGUAUUCAUACCCCUUGACUUAUUUCACAUUUUGUUGUUACAGCCUGAAUUCAAAAUUGAUUAAAUAUUAUUUUUUUCUCACCAAUCUACACACAAUACCCCAUAAUAAAGUGAAAGCAUUUUUUUUAGAAAUUGUAGCUAAUUUAUUCAAAAUGAAAUACAGAAAUAUCUCAUUUAUAUAAGUAUUCACACCCCUGAGUCAUUACUUUGUAGAAGCACCUUUGGCAGCGAUAACAGCUGUGAAUCUUUCUGUCUCUAAGAGCUUUCCACAACUGGAUUGUGAAACAUUUGCCCAUUAUGCUUUUCUAAAUUCUUCAAGCUCCGUCAAAUUGGUUGUUGAUCAUUGCUAGACAACCAUUUUCUGGUCUUGCCAUAGAUUUUCAAGUAGAUUUAAGUCAAAACUGUAACUUUGCCACUCAGGAACAUUCAAUGUCUUCUUGGAAAGCAACUCUAGUGUAGAUUUGACCUUGUGUAUCAGGUUAUUAUCCUGCUGAAAGGUGAAUUCAUCACCCAGUGUCUGGUGGAAAGCAGACUGAACCAGGUAUUCCUCUAGGAUUUUGCCUGUGCUUAGCCCCAUUCCAUGUCUUUUUUAUCUUGUAAAACUCCCCAGUCCUUAAUGAUUAAAAGCAUGCCCAUAACAUGAUGCAGCCACCACUAUGCUUGAAAAUAUGGAGAGUGGUAUUCAGUCAUGUGUUAAGCAAAUUUUGACUCCUGAACUUAUUUAGGCUUGCCAUAACAAAGGGGUUGAAUACUUAUUGACUCAAUACAUUUUAGCUUUUCUUUUUUAUUAAUUUGUAAAAAUGUCUAAAAACAUAAUUCCACUUUGACAUUAUGGGGUAUUGUGUGUAGGCCAGUGACACGAAAUCUCAAUUUAAUCCAUUUUAAAUUCAGGCUGUAACACAACAAAAUGCGGAAAAGGUCAAGGGGUGUGAAUACUUUCUGAAGGCACUUGUAGGUAAGAUUGUGCUGGAUAGAAAAGUCAUCCGUUGAUGCACUUCCAUCACAAUGUUUUCACCUAUCCUAUAUUCUCAAAUCAGUUUAGAUGACGGAAAGGAGACGAGAAGAAGACAGUUUUCCUAUUGAGAUGCACCCCUUGUCUUUUUCCUAGUCAGAAAUCAUGUUUGAACCCUGCUGAUAGUGUGUGUGUGUGUGUAUAUACAGUGUCUUCGGAAAGUAUUCAGACCCCUUGACUUUUUUCACAUUUUGUUACGUUACAGCCUUAUUCUAAAAUUGAUUAGUGUUUUUUUCCCUAAUCAAGCUACACACAUUACCCCAUAAUGACAAAGCAAAAACUGGUUUUUAGAAAUGUUUGCUAAUUUAUAAAAAAAAUCAAAUGUAAAUAUUACAUUUACAUAAGUAUUCAGACCAUUUAUUCAGUACUUUGAAGCACCUUUGGCAGUGAUUACAGCAUCAAGUCUUCUUGGGUAUGACACUACAAAAUUGGCCCACCUGUAUUUGGGGAGUUUCUCCCAUUCUUCUCUGCAGAUCCUCUCAAGCUCUGUCAGGUUGGAUGGGGAGUGUUGCUGCACAGCUAUUUUCAGGUCUCUCCAGAGAUGUUCGAUCGGGUUCAAGUCCGGGCUCUGGCUGGGACACUCAAGGACAUUCAGAGACUUGUCACAAAGCCACUCCUGCGUUGUCUUGGCUGUGUGCUUAGGGUUGUUGUCCUGUUGGAAGGUGGACCUUCACCCCAGUCUGAAGUUCUGAGCGCUUUCAUCAAGGAUCUCUCUGUUCUUUGCCCCGUUCAUCUUUGCUUCGAUCCUGACUAGUCUUUCAGUCCCUGCUGCUGAAAAACAUCCCCACAGCAUGAUGCUGCCACCACCAUGCUUCACCGUAGGGAUGGUGCCAGGUUUCCUCCAGACGUGACGCUUGGCAUUCAGGCCAAAGUUCAAUCUUGGUUUCAUCAGACCAGAGAAUCUUGUUUGUCAUGGUCUGAGAGUCUUUAGUUGCCUUUUGGCAAACUCCAAGCUGGCUGUCAUGUGCCUUUUACUGAGGAGUGGCUUCCGUCUAGCCACUCUACCAUGAAGGACUGAUUGGUGGAGUGCUGCAGAGAUGGUUGUCCUUCUGGAAGGUUCCCUCAUCACAGAGGAACUCUAGAGCUCUGUCAGAGUGACCAUCGGGUUCUUGGUCACUUCCCUGACCAUGGCCCUUCUCCCCCGAUUUCUCAGUUUGGCCGGGCGGCCAGCUCUAGGAAGAGUCUGGGUGGUUCCAAACUUCUUCCAUUUAAGAAUGAUGGCAGCCACUGUGUUCUUGGGGACCUUGUGCCUCGAUACAAUCCUUUCUCGGAGCUCUACGGACAAUUCCUUCGACCUCAUGGCUUGGUUUUUGCUCUGACAUGCACUGUCAACUGUGGGACUCUAUAUACACAGGUGUGUACCUUUCCAAAUCAUGUCCAAUCAAUUGAAUUUACCACAGAUGGACUCCAAUCAAGUUGUAGAAAUCAUCUAAAGGAUGAUCAAUGGAAACAGGAUGCACCUGAGCUCAAUUUCGAGUCUCAUAGCAAAGGGUCUGAAUACUUAUAUAAAUAAGGUUUAUCUGUUUUUAUUUGUUAUAAAUUUGCUAACAUUUCUAAAAACCUGUUUUCGCUUUGUCAUAAUGGGGUGUUCUGUGUAGAUUGCUGAGGAUUUUUUAUUUAUUUAAUCCAUUUUAGAAUAAGGCUGUAACAUAACAAAAUGAAUAAAGUGAAGGGGUCUGAAUACUUUCCGAAGGCACUGUAUAUAAUACUGUAUUGUUUGGCCCCUGGUGGCUUCUCACAGCUUAACACAUGUAUUUAUAUCUAAAGAAGAGCUGUUGAUUCUCAUUCUUUGAUUAACUACACACACAGUAUGUUAAUAUUUCAUUUGGGAAUGUGAGUGUUUUAGCCAAUCACUGCCUCCGUUGAAUGUGAAGCUGUUUUAAAUGAAUCCGCUCUUGGGCUUUGAAUGAGAGUACGUCCUAAUUAUUAUGGGUCAUUUCAAAAGGUAUCACACCUAUACACCAGCAUUUGAAGUAAGUCUAUGUUUUAUGUGCUUCAGUUUAUAGUGGUUGGUUGGUGUGUGUGUAAAUAGUGUUUAUUUGAAACAUGGAGUAGAUUGAAGAGAAGCACUAACAGUGGGAUGUGUUGUUGACCCUUGACAAACAAACUAUCCUCUGAACAGAACACAGCAGUAAAUAGUUGCAGGGCACAACAACAGAAUAUUUAGGUCUAUUCAACAUUCACUGUGAGUUACAGAACACAGGAGAUUGGUGGCACCUUAAUAGGGGAGGAUUGGCUCAUGCUAAUGACUGGAGCGGAAUUAGUGGAAUGGUAACAAAUACAUCAAACGCAUGGUUUCCAGAUGUUUGAUGCCAUUCCAUUUGCGCCAUUCCGGCCAUUAUUAUGAGCCGUUCCCUCAGCAGCCUCCUGUGUUACAGACAGGACACAAACAGAGGAGUAUUUUCACUACAAAGUGUAAAGUCCUGUUUUUUUAAAAAUAUUUUAUUUUAAAGUAUCAGAAUUCAAGGAAACCGUUUAAUGCAUUGACACACCUGUCGCUCUCCGCCCCAUCUCUCUCUCUCUCCCUCCCUCUCUCUCUUUCUCAGAGGAACUCCAGUAUCUCGGGGACGUCCAGGGGCAUGUACCAGGUCUCAGACCGACGAUCCUCUCCCAGCACCGGGUAAGCCAGUCCUCCACACGCUAUCCCUCACUGCACUGCUCUCCGCCACACAAACAAAGUAGCAUAAACUUGCCCGUACACACUGAUCUAAGGCCAGUUGUGUCCCCUCCCCAUGGUUGAGGUUGGAAUAGAGGGAGAUGAGCUGAUUCUAGAUCUGUGCCUAUGGGUGACCUCUAUAUCCCAUCUUCACUCUCUGCACUGUAAGUGACUUUGGAUAAGAGUAUCUGUUAAAGGUAAGAUGCAAUGCAAUGCAACCCCCUGGUGCACUUAGGUACAGUGACUUGAUGUGGGGCCCUAUGCUUGGAGUCCAGUAGAUGGAUUCUGAGCACCAGACCGUGGUCUGAAGUGAGGCGGUGUGCAUCAGACUGUGGCAACACUGACUCAGACCGAACUGGACUCCUGCCCCCACCUUUGGAAGGUAUCAGAGGGCACCAGCCAGGUAGUGUUUGUCCAGUACUGUGCCCUGGCCCCUGACAGCCUCACAAAACACAACACAACAUCCUGUUUAACUGCCAGGCGCUGAAGUGAGGCCGACUCUGUCAGCAAUGCAGAAACAGUAGGGGAAUGUUCUGUCCUAGCUCUCCCUCCUGCCACUAUGCAUUCCCACUCACACCAAACGCACACAAGCAAACAUGGCACACACAUACACACAAAAGCAGCCGAGGGGCAUCGCCACUGCUCUUUGACACAUGCUUGUAAACAACGGUGGUCAAAGACAGUAAGGACUUAGUGUCAUUCUUGCUUUCUCAAGCCUGGCUGCCUCUGUGGGGAGAGGGAGGGAGGGAGGGAGAGAGGGAGAGAGGGAGAGAGGGAGAGAGGGAGAGAGAGGGAGAGGGAGAGAGGGAGAGAAUUUUUGUAAAAAGCUCCCUGUAUUAGUGAACUAUGUGAUUAUGUUGGGUAUAAAUAAACAAGCAAACAUUACAUUGGAAUGAAAUAGUAAGUUACAGGUGCUUUUCGCACUAUUAAUUAUUCAAUUCUAAAUGUUGAAGUUUCACUCACUGACACUAAAGUCACCCUAUUGGCUUUCAGAUCGUCACCGACUGAUUUGCUUAUCUUUGUGCAAUGAUGCAUCUUCAUGUGUAUUUUGAUUUGAGUGGCUCAUUGAAUGGUCAAAAUUAGACCCCUAUCUCAUGCAUUUUGAGAUACGCAUCUCACAAAUGUUGCUUCACUGCUGAUCCAAACCCACCCACACUGGGCUGCAUCCCAAAUGGCAUCUUAUUCCCUAUUUAGCACACUACUUUUGUAAAUAAAAAGGGAAUAGUGUGCCUUUUGGUAUGCAGCCCUGGAGCCCUAGUAUGAUGAUCAAGCUCCAUAUCACCAUAUUAUCAUAUCCACUCAGAACAUUGGGAAUAGUGUAUUUUUUGUUCAGACUAAAUUUAGACCUUUUUUGCAUCAUUAUGUAAGCCACCUUAACUCUGUGUGUGUUUGUGUGUGUGCACGUGCGUGUUUCUGUGAGUGCGUGUGCGCGCACGUGUGUAACACAUGACUUACCAUCCUUCUGUCACACAACUUCCGCGUGCCUCAGACGAUGACAUCAUCCCUCUUUGUCCUUCGUUUUUGGCGAGACAAUCAUGACGUCACACACACCCCUGCCAGGCCUUCCCCAGGACAGUGAAUCACGAUGGUAGUUAGUCACUAAGUGACCCUUUCACUUCCUAGAUUAGAACAUUCCAUAAUUGCCCUCGGCCUACCAGAGAUGAAUAUUAUUUAUUUGUUCCAAAUGCAGUGACGGAAGAUGCUAUUUAGGUGCUUGUUUGAUGAAAAAUAGAUAUUUGACACUUUGCAUAUUUGGGUUUAAAAAUAUAUUCUAUUGUUGCUUUAUUGACGUGGUCUUUAUCGUUCACACUGAAAUCAUCGACUCCAUUUUGCACCGAGAUGGCUACUCUGUCGCCCAUCCUGAGCCCCACUGUGCAUUACUGGUCAGGAAACUGUACUUCCCUGUUAUACACUUUGAAUAAUGAUCUGUACCCAAUUAGCCAGCUCUGCUGAUUGAUUCCACAAUAUUGAUCCAACAUGUGGCUUUUAUUGCUAAAGCCACCACUCCAAUAUAGGUUGUGUACCAAGUGCCACCUUAUUCCCUAUACAGUGUGCUACUUUUGACUAGAGCCCUAUCUGCCCUGGUCAAAAGUACGGCACUAUAAAGGGAAUAGGGUGCCAAUUGGGAUGCAACCAAAGUCACACUGCGAAGUGGCCUCUCCUCUGUUUCUUAAGCGGUGUCACUAGGGUCUAUGUAUGCGUAUUCUCCCGUAGUGGAGAUGAGGUGAACACAUGCACCUUUGGGACUAUUCCAUUGGUUCCAUGGUGCCAGGCAAAGCUCAAUCAAGCACAGAUGAUGUAUUUAAAAUAAAAAAGUACUAUUUGAAUCCAGGUCUGGUGUGGAUUUACCAGGUUCACCUGGAAUCUCUAUCUUCAUACCAACUUCUAAUUAUUACACUGCAGGAGUCGUAUAGCAACUUGAUAUAAUCACCUAGACUGUUUUACAUUCACUCUGAAUUCAGGAUGCAUUAGCUACGGUCGCUAAUUAGCUAGCUGUUGUGUUUGAUGUCAAAGUCAUGUAGCGUGUGUACAUGUCAGUGCUGAAAGGUUGAGGAAGGUUCACUGAUUGUUUUGUAGAGUUUUAAUGCAGUUAUGUAGGACACAAAAGUAAUAACGGAACCGGAAAAGCCUUAUAAUUAUUUACCAUUGUAAUUUUGUUAAAAAAAGAAUACAAGUAUGCACUAAUAUCACACAAAGUGAAUCUCGAUUAGGUUUUGAAGGACUGAAUGGAAGUCUGCCUUUUGGUGUGCAGUUCAUAACCUGGGUAUGCCAGAUGAUCUAUUCUGUUCUAUUCUAUUUCGUUACUUGCCUAUUAUGUAGAGGAAAGUUAUCGGUAUAGUAAUUUAACAACAUCUUCACUCUCUCUCUCUCGCUCUCUGUCUGUCUCUCUCUGUCUGUGUGUGCGUGCGCUCUGGCUGCUUCAGAAAAAGCGCUGUUUCCAGAAGCAGUCACUGUAGUCAAUUUUGCCCCAAAGCAAUCCCUCCCUCACUCCUCAUGAUCUAAAUUGGUCUACUUCAUAUUUCAUCAGAGCUUCAAGGACUUUUAUGCUGAAGUAGUAUCUUCACUCUCCACUGAUGUUAUUCUACAUUUUGAGAUAAGUCUAAAAUAGUUGUUGUUGUGUAGUUGAAGCGUUGUGUCAGCACCAAGAGUUUGUCUUUGUCUAUGCAUGAUGAAGAGGGGAUGUGUUUACAGCUUGGUUUGAUAUGCUGGCUUAUGAACUCCAAAAUGUCUCCCUCAGUUGACUAAAAACUCAAUAUCAGAAAUGAUUUCUGAAAAAGGGAUAGUAGUAGACCAUAAUAAUGUUAAUGAUACAUGUUAUAUAGUGGAGCAGAGUUUUCAUUUAACACAAAAUCUAAAAGUGCUUUACACGUAGGCAUACAUGUUUUAAAGCAAUUGGUUAUAUUGAAAUGCUGAGGAAAGGGAAUUUAACACACAUAUCUACAGUAUCUAGCUACAGUAUCUAUCUAUCUCAAAGAAUAUGUAAUGAUAUACCAACCUAUUAAAAAUUCCCCUUCCCAUACAUACACUACAUGACCAAAAGUAUGUUGAAACCUGCUCGUCGAACAUCUCAUUCCAAAAUCAUGGGCAUUAAUAUGGAGUUGGUCCCCCCUUUGCUGCAAUAACAGCCUCCACUCUUCUGGGAAGGUGUUCUACUAGAUGUUGGAAUAUUGCUGCGGGGACUUGCUUCCAUUCAGCCACAAAAGCAUUAGUGAGGUUGGGCAACUUUACACCGCUCCAGCUGACGCUUGGCAUUGCGCAUGGUGAUCUUAGGCUUGUGUGCGGCUGCUCAGCCAUGGAAACCCAUUUCAUGGAGCUCCCGACGAACAGUUAUUGUGCUGACGUUGCUUCCAGAGGCAGUUUGGAACUCGGUAGUGAGUGUUGCAACCGAGGACAGACAUUUGUUUAUUUAUUUUUUUGCAGCUAAUUUUACAUACAGUUGAAAGUUUCUGCUGUACAAAUGCCCGCGGUCUCCACUUAACCCAGUAAUAAUCCAGAGCACAGGAGCUGGGUAUAAAUAUGAAUAUGUAUAUCCAUGAAAAAUGGCCACUAGCAUAAAAGCUGCAUUUGUUUUCGCCCUACUUUAUUCAUGGUUCAUAUUAUUGGUAAGGGAAUUAUUCCUCCUGUUUUUCAGGCUGACUUUGAAGCACUAUGUUGUAAAAUAUUCAGUAAACUUUAUAACCUAAAAGGCUCUGUAGGUGCAUUGAUUGACAAUCACGUACUUGACUCCAUGUUGAGGUGUGUGUCUGUCAAUGGCGAAAGUGUCCCUCCCUGUCAAUGCUACAGGGAAGGACAUGUUAAAUUGUGCCUCUCUGAUUUUUGGGACAAGUAAGCUCAUGAACUCCAUUCUGGGUAAAAAGAGCUGUCCUCGAGGGCCUUGAGGGGCACAGUGUUUCCACCCAGGACUAUGGCCAGAAUCUUAGACACUGCCAAGACAUUACAGUCAAAUAUGUCUCUACAAACUUAAAGGGACACACCACAUCACUAUUCAAAUAUGUCUCCACAAACUUAGUUAAAGGGACACCCUCAAAACACACCUAGACAAGUGUCUCACACCCAACCCUGUGCAGUUACUAUAGUUAAAAAAACAAACUGUGGAAAUAUUCAUUGCGGUUAGCAGAUACGUUUCAUAUUCUUAGUUUUGGAAGUUGUUAAUCUUACAAAGGACUCAGUAAGUAUUGGUCUAUACUGAGCUGUGGAAACCAUGGCAACACACUUUUGAGCUGUAUAAUCAUGUGGUAUCAGGAAGUGACAACGUGUGGUCACUCUGCUACCACUUCUACUCAUCUCAGCCAAUCACUGACCUGACAAACAGAUCUGGGACCAGGCUACAGUAAUGCAGAUUGCCUAACUGAUGGAACCUGGAUAGAGAAAUAUAAUACUGUAUACUUUUCAAUGGUUCUGUCUGUUAGUUGUCCAUAUGUAAAGUGUCCACUAAAGGUUCUUUGAGUUAUGUUUUUUUACGUGGUGCCUCUGAGUAUAACUCAUCCCUUCUCUUCCGCUCUCGCCCUCUCUCUCCCCAGAGCGUCGGGCCGGGUCAAGUCCUGCUCCCAGGGCUCGGGCGGGGGCUACGACAGCGGCGAAAGCGUGGAGAUGCACCCCAUGGAAGAGUGCCCCGAGGGCCAGUACUACCACGUCCAGUGUCGGCUGGGGGAAGGGGGCGGACAGGGAGGGGGCGGACAGUGCUACGAGAGGGCCGGGGUGUCCCGGAGCUGGGGACUCCGCAAGCAGGCCAUCCAGAACUGGCAGCGGCGACCGUACCGGAACAGCACGGAGGGGGAGGAGGGUGACAUGUCGGACGUGGGCUCCAGGACUACCGAGUCGGAGGCGGAGAUGUGGGAGCAGCAGGAGAGGAGGGCCACCAUGGCCGAGACGCAGCAGUCUGGAGCACCAAGACAAUCUGGAUACCGUCUUGGCACAGGUAGGACUGGAUAGGAGGCUAGGCUAAGCUAGGCCGCUAAUCUUUACCUUGCUUAGGUACAGUACAGUAAGAGGGAAGGCUAGGCUACGUCACUAAUGUUUACCUUGCCUAGGCACAGGUACAGUACGGUAGGACGCUACGUCGCUAAUCUUAACCUUUGUUGACUGGCCUUUAUUUAGCCAGGUAGGAGGCUAAGUCACUUACCAUUUGUUUAUCCUGAUUUAUCCUUUGAUUGAUUGAUUGCUUUAUUGUUACUCAGCAGAUACUUGUAAUGUAAUAGUGUGUACUGGUGCAUUACAGAAAGAAUCAGUAAUUUCUAAAGGGAACAGCUGUCACACGUCUGGCACACCGUAUGACCCUGAUAGCCUGCCUGCCAUCCUGCCAAUGGCACCUGCAGCACACACACACACACACAGACACACAGACACACAGACAGACAGAAUCUCCUCCCUCCCUCACACACACACACACACACACACACACACACACACACACACACACCCACACACACAGACAGACAGACAGACAGACAGACAGACACAGACAGACAGACAGAAUCACCCCUCACACACACACACACACACACACACACACACACAGAAUGCCUCCAUCCCCUCCCUCCAACAGACACACACACUGUCCUGCGGCCCAAGCUAACAGUAGUCAGGUCUGUCAGAGAAGGAUAGAAGGACGGUGGCUGGUGUGAAACUGGGUCAUGGCUGUUCUAGUCCGAGGUGUUCCAGGGUAAGGCUGUCCAGAGAACAGUGAGGGACGACUAAUGACCAGAGCGCUCCCCAAACUGAUUCCGAAUCAGCCCAGGGUGCCCUGUCAUAGAGGGAUGACUUUUCACCAGACUGCUCUACACACUAGCCAGAUAGAUGAGGCAUGAACAACCUCCAGGGGAUGGCAAUGGAUGACAGUGUGUGUGUGCACGUAUGUGGAUGCCUUUGUGUGUGCUUGUGUUUGUGUACCAUUCCCAGUCUUUAUACUGUCAUGUGACAGUAUGACUAAACUUUCUCAUAUUGAUAGAGUCAUAGGGCUUUCUUCAAAAGUAGUGCACUAUAAAUGGGAAUAGCGUGCCAUUUGGGACGCAGUCAUUGAUAAUGUUGAUGAGAAAACCAAUGGAUAGCUAUUCUUUACCUCCUCCACUCCUGGUUCAAACACAGCAAGCAUCUAUCUCUCUCCCUUAAUUGCCUUCUCCAGCCAAGAUCCCACGAUUCCUGGCUGGCGACCUCCAUUUUAUCUAGAAACACCUUGCUUGUGUCUCAAAUGGCACCCUAUUCCCUAUUUGGUGCACCACUUUUCUACUAGGGACAGUAGGGAAUAGUGCCAUUUGGGAUGCACACCUUUUGCACAUGGCAUUAGCCACAGUCAGAGAGACCAGGUGCAUCAUGCUAGGAGAGAGUAAGGAUGCUUCCCAAAUGGCACCCUAUUCCCUAUAUGCGCCCAGGUCAAAAGUAGUGCACUAUAAGGAAUAGGGGGCCAUUUAGGAUGUAGCCUUAAAACUAGGACAGAAGCCAUUGAAACAUGCCCAUUUUGCCUUACAUGGACACAUUUUGGGCAAAAGAUAGGCCUACCCUAUUUCCUGUGGGUCCUUUUGGCUACAGCUACUUGGUAAAGGAGCUACUGUAAACCCAAAUAGGCAAUAAAGCUGUCAUUUUUUACACAACCCAGAAUGUCUCGUAUGAGAAUUCAAAUUGGCACCUCCAACAUUACAUAAUAUUACUUGUCAUGUAAAUUAGAUGUUAUAUUCUGACAUUGCCCUCCAUGUAAGAUUCUCAAAGCAUUUGCCAGGAUUGAGUUUGAAAUGGCACAUAUCAACAUAUCACACAGUAUGACUGUUAGCAUGCAUUGGUAAAUCGCUAGCUGGCGUAGGCGGUGUGCCUCUAGCUGCGAGGCCUGUUGCUUCAAAGGCCUCCUUCGCUUCUUCUUUUCCAAGGCCAACAGCGAUGACAUGGGAGGUGACUCAUCACAUGGAUUGAUGCCUGCUGGGAGAGAUGGAUGCUAGAGUCGGUUUGGUCACAUUGUAUUGGCCAAUACAGUACAUGUCUUCAAUGGCAGAUCAUUUGAAUGCUCAUGUCUGUGUUUGAGGGUAAAUGCAAUAAAUCUCAAGUGGAUCGCUUGCACCACAUUGUGGAUAUUUUGUAGAAUGCCACUGUAAUAUAUUUGCGACUCAGGAUGGCGUCUCUAACUAACCUCCGUCUCUUUCCCCUCCACCUCUCUUUCUUUGACUAAACUCCCUGCCUCCUCAUCCUCCUCUCUUGCUCUCUCCUCUCCUUCACCUUUCUCUUUUCUUUACAUACCCGCCUUCUCAUCAUCCCCCUCCUUUUUCUUCAACCCCCUCUCCCCCUCCCUCUUCCUCUGACUAAUAUCCCUGUCCCUCCCCCUCCUGUCUAUUUCUCUUUUCCCCUCUCCAUCACUCUCUUCCUUCACCUAACAUCUCUAUCCUCUUCUCUCUUUCUCUCUUCCCGACCCUGCAGGGCGGUCCGAGGGGGGCUACCGCCACAACAAGCCGUGUCGCCACGACAAGAGCCCGUCCCGGUCCAACAACGAGGUGAUCAGCCCGGAGAUACUGAAGAUGAGGGCGGCUCUGUUCUGUAUCUUUACCUACCUGGAUACCAAGACCCUGUUGAGGGCCGCAGAGGUCUGCAGGGACUGGAGGUUUGUGGCCCGCCACCCUGCCGUGUGGACCCGGGUGCUGCUGGAGAACGCCCGCAUUUCCUCCAAGGUAGAGGACACGGAUUUUACACGCAGAAGAACAGACAAACCCAUGUACACACACCAUGAGGCUGCUGAGGGGAGAACGGAGCAAAUGGAAUGGCAUCAAACACCUGGAAACCAUGUGUUUGAUGUAUUUGAUACCAUUCCACUGAUUCCGCUCCAGUCAUUACCACAAGCCUGUUCUCCCCAAUUAAGGUGCCACCAACCUCCUGUGGUACACACACAUUAUGCACCUGCACGCACGCACACCGAUUCUGCUGAUAGUUUACUUGCAAUAAUUGUGAUAUGUGUUUGUUUUCUCUACACUAACCUAAAAGUUGCAUGCAGUAGGUGCUUCGAGCGCCUGCUAAAUGACUCAAAUGUAACUGUAAUCUCUUCGUCCCAGUUCCUGAGUACACUGUCCCAGUGGUGCACCCAGACCCAUUCCCUCAUCCUCCAGAACCUCAAACCACGACAGAGGGGCAAAAAGGAGAUCAAGGAGGAGUACCUCAAGAGCACACGGUGAGAGGAGAGGCGUGUGUGUGUGUAUCAUGGAGGGAUUUCCCUCUGUACAGCGAACAGCAGGGGUCUGCAGUACUCUCCCUCCUUCUGUCUCCCCCAUCAUCCCUCCUAUCCCUCUCCCCAUCACCCUAGUCUAUAAACCGUAGCAGGUUGAGAAUGUGCUGAGUCAGAAAGCCCCAGGCUCUAUCUCAUUCCUGACAUUGUGUGUGUUUGUGUAUGUGUGGAUGCACAGCCUUGUGUGUGUAUGAGUGUGCACACUGCAAUUGCAUGCUUGCUCGCUUGCGUUCUCCCUCCUUAGCCUUCUGAAUACAAAAUGGAUUUUAUUUGAUUAUGCUUUCCACAAACAAAUUGAAAAUGUUUUAGUACAAAACAUUUAAUGCCAUGCAUUAUUAACAUUAUACUGCUAAGACGGAUAAGUCCAGAGGCAUAAAUUGUUGCAGUGCCUUGUUCAACUCAAGGACAAUACUCGUUCUAAUUGGUUAUUCAGGAACAAUGGUUGUGCUCUGUCGCUCUCUCUGUCGCUCCCACUCUGUUUUUCUGUCUGUUUGUCUGUCUCUCUCUCCUCUUACUUUUUCUCCCUCCCUCCCUCCCUCGCAGUGGUUGUCUGGAGGAGGGUCUGGAGUCCUUGCUGAAGGCUACAGGAGGGAACCUAUUGAUCUUCAAGGUGUCCCAUUGUCCCAACCUGCUAACUGACCGCUCCCUGUGGCUCGCCAGCUGCUACUGCCGAGCCCUGCAGGCCGUCACAUACAGGUACUACCACCAGGGGGCGAUCACACAUAAUACAGUACAGUCUGUAUAUAUACUAUAUAUAAUACAGUUUACAUACAAUACAAUAUAGUACAGUGGAUUCGGAAAGUAUUCAGACCCUUGACUUUUUCCACAUUUUGUUACGUUACAGCCUUAUUCUAAAAUGUAUUAAAUAGUUUUUCCCCCUAAUCAAUCUACACAUAAUACCCCAUAAUGACAAAUGAAAAACAGGUUUUUAGCAGACCCUUUACUCAGUACUUUCUUGAAGGAUCUUUGGCAGCGAUUACAGCCUCGAGUCUUCUUGGGUAUGACGCUACAAGCUUGGCACACCUGUAUUUGGGGAGUUUCUCCCAUUUUUCUCUGCAGAUCCUCUCAAGCUCUGUCAGGUUGGAUGGGGAGCGUUGCUGCACAGCUAUUUUCAGGUCCCUCCAGAGAUGUUCGAUAGGAUUCAAGUCUGGGCUCUGGCUGGGCCACUCAAGGACAUUCAGAGACUUGUCCCGAAGCCACUCCUGCGUUGUCUUGGCUGUGUGCUUAGGGUCGUUGUCCUGUUGGAAGGUGAACCUUCGCCCCAGUCUGAGGUCCAGAGCGCUCUGGAGCAGGUUUUCAUCAAGGAUCCCUCUGUACUUUGCUCUGCUAAUCUUUCCCUUGAUCCUGACUAGUCUCCCAGUCCCUGACGUGACGCUUGGCAUUCAGGCCAAAGAGUUCAAUCUUGGUUUCAUCAGACCAGAGAAUCUUGCUUCUCAUGGUCUGAGUCCUUUAGGUGCCUUUUGGCAAACUCCAAGCGGGCUGUCAUGUGCCUUUUACUGAGGAGUGGCUUCCGUCUGGCCACUCUAUCAUAAAGGCCUGAUUGGUGGAGUGCUGCAGAGAUGGUUGUCCUUCUGGAAGGUUCUCCCAUCUCCAUAGAGGAACUCUGGAGCUCUCUCAGAGUGACCAUCGGGUCCUUGGUCACCUCCCUGACCAAGGCCCUUCUCCCCCGAUUGCUCAGUUUGGCCGGGCGGCCAGCUCUAGGAAGAGUCUUGGUGGUUCCAAACUUCUUCCAUUUAAGAAUGAUGGAGGCCACUGUGUUCUUGGGGACCUUCAAUGCUGCAGAAACCUUCCCCAGAUCUGUGCCUCGAAACAAUCCUGUCUCGGAGCUCUAUGGACAAUUCCUUUGACCUCAUGGCUUGGUUUUUGCUCUGACAUGCACUGUCAACUGUGGACCUUAUAUAGACAGGUGUGUGCCUUUCCAAAUUUUACAUUUUAGUCAUUUAGCAGUCGCUCUUAUCCAGAGCGACUUAUAGUUAGUGAGUGCAUACAUUAUUAUUUUUUUAUUUUUUCAAAUCAUGUCCAAUCAAUUGAAUUUACCACAGGUGGACUCCAAUCAAGUUGUAGAAACAUCUCAAGGAUGAUCAAUGGAAAUGGUCUGAAUACUUAUGUAAAUAAGGUAUUUCUGUUUUUUAUAUUUAAUACAUUUGCAAAAUCUGCAAAAAACUGUUUUCGCUUUGUCAUUAUGGGGUAUUGUGUGUAGAUUGAUGAGGAUUUGUAUUUAUUUAGUCCAUUUUAGAAUAAGGCUGUAACGUAACAAAAUGUGGAAAAAGGGAAGGGGUCUGAAUACUUUCCAAAUGCACUGUAUGUCGCAAGUAAAAGCCUUGGGUAGCGAUUUGAUACAGUUCUAAGUCUGGAAGGUAAAACUACCCUCAGACAUAGGAAGAUGUAAAACUUUCCUUUUUAUUCUAUGAAUUAGUAUUACCAAAAAUAAAUACAAAACCUUCGGGAGCAUAUGCCAUUCUGAAGAGGUUUAUUGUAUGGGAAGAUUAUUCCAUUUAAUUAGAUCUGUUUUCAUACUGUUCAGUAAAUGAAUAAAGUUAUCUUUAUAUUUGUUGUUGUCACUUAUUAAGCAUCCUAAGUAUUUAAUAUUGUUUUUGUGGUCCACUUAUACAUUGCUGUAGAUCAUGUGGGAGAGAGGGGACAUCCCUGUCUUGUGCCCCUUUCUAAAGGAAUUUCAUCACAAUGUAUUAUUUGUGUAUAUUUUAGCUUUAGGACAUUUAUAUAUUUAUUUAAUUAGUUGUUUCUGCCAUUAGUGUGUAGCCUAAGCCUAAGCUUUAGGGCCUAACUAUGCUCCAAUUGCCAAAUGAUUUUGGGAACUUGGGCAGAAAAAGUUAACGUCGAUCCACUGAGGCAAAAAGGACAAUGUCGGAGUUUAAUUCUAUAAGAGAAAAACUGCAAAAUGGAGAGUUGAAAAUCAAUAGAAGGGAGGACCAGAACAAUAGCCUAAUGUUCGCGAACGAUUUGGUGAAGUGGUAAAAGAGGAUGAUGGCAGUUAUUGGUAGAGCAUGGCGUUUGCAACGCCAGGGUUGUGGGUUCGAUUCCCACGGGGGGCCAGUAUGAAAAAAUUAUAAUGUAUGCAUUCACUAACUGUAAGUCGCUCUGGCUAAGAGCGUCUGCUAAAUGACUAAAAAUGUAAAUGUAAAUGUGAUGAUUGCGUGGCGCUAUACAAAUUCAACAGUCACAAGACGGGGACUUCAAAAUGGCAUGUCAAUGGAAUAGUAUCCUGAAAUCUGGACACUGACUGUAGGUCUAUAACCUCUCACAUAACCUAAUAUAACAUUAACUCCUGUAGAAUUAAGCAUUUCUUGCAGUAAAAUUAUAGACCAAAUGUACAUUUUGACUUACAGUAGUGGAGAAAUAUGAUUUAUUUAUUUCAGCAUCUUGAGAGAAUGAAUGUGUAGUUAGGGGACAUCUGUAAAGGUGGUAUAUUUAUCAGCAUCAUAAAAGCUGAUAGUAUUUCAACCACAUAAAAUAUGCAUCCAAGUCGAACUGAAAUCUUAUCAGAAACAUGUUGGGUAGUAUUCACACCUUUUUCAUUUCCUUAAAACCGGUCAAACUGAUGUCAUUUGGAAAUUUUGUUUUGAGUUAUUGCAUUUUCUCCCGGUCCCUAAACGUCUUUGCUGCGCAAUAGAAGGAGAGAUGAAAGAACUUUACAAAAGUCAACUAGAUUGAAUCAUUUGUUCUAUCGAUUUAUGACAUUAUUCUGGUGAGCAAGGGUUUAUUUAGUAUUCUAGGGCAACAAUUAAUGACAGAAGAGAAGCUGCAUGUAUCUAAUUAUAGAAAAGUUGACUAACAAACAGUGUACCAAGAUGUGGGAAAUUAUAAGCAGAAACAUAGGCCUUUCUCUGACUGUACAGUAUAUUUUCUAUAUUUGCAGUUUAGGGUCUGGUGCGGGCCUAAGAUUUUCACUUUAUCACAUAUAGUCGGGUGGUUGCGGAUGGGUUAUUAGAAAUUGCGGGUUAUCACUAGCGCGCGUCGAUGGGGCAGAAGUCCGUUAGUUAUGAUUCUGGACGGUCAGAUAGUUAGCAACAAUGACAAGAAGCUGACAUGUGGGGAAUUGUAAGUGGCUCAUUUCAACUCAUUGUAUCUUGUUAUUGAUACCAUAUCUUGUUUUGAGGUGUUUUGACUCUUAUCACAUCUAUGCAAAUAUGGCAAUAAAAUUCUAGCUAGCUAACCAACAACUGUAACGAUGUAUUUGAGAGACAACAAGUGCUCAUUGUGCAAAUGUAUUUAUAUUUUCAAUAAAGAUUUGGAGAGGAAAUAUAGUUUACAUGUUGUCAACAAUCCUUUGAUUCUAAGCCAACUCCGCCUGUUUUGCUCCACGAUUGCGCAUGCAUCGGUUUUGUUGCUAAACAAUCCACCCGUCAAUACAGGUACUACCACCAGGGGGUGCUCACACACUAUACAAUAUAAUACAGUACAGUAUACUGUAAGUACACUAGCAUUAAAUCUGCCACAUUAAAUCAGCAGAAGAGCCGCGUUUGGCCCGCGUGCCAUGAGUUUGAGACCCCUGAUAUUAUGAAUGGGUGUCUAGAUGAUAUACAAUGAUGUAUAGUGACUUGGUGUUUUUUGUUCCAGGAGUGCCACAGACCCCGUAGGACAGGAGGUGAUCUGGGCUCUAGGAGCAGGCUGUAGAGACAUAAUCUCCCUCCAGGUGGCACCACUACAUCCAUGGUGAGAGGCAACUCUUAGCACACUUUUAUUUUAUGAAUACCGUUAACACAUCUAUUGUAACGAUCUCUCUCUCUCUCUCUCUCUCUCUCUCUCUCUCUCUCUCUCUCUCUCUCUCUCUCUCUCUCUCUCUCUCUCUCUCUCUCUCUCUCAACUUCAGCCAACAACCGGCUCGCUUCAGCAACCGAUGCCUGCAGACCAUUGGCCGAUGCUGGCCACACCUCAGAGCCUUGGGCGUGGGCGGGGCAGGGUGUGGCAUUCAGGGGCUAGCCUCGUUGGGUGAGUAAAUUCAUUUGGAUAAAUAUCUCAUGAAUAUUUAAUAUAUAAACUGAUAUAGGGACUAUUCUUUCAGAAAAAAUAAACAAUUUGGAUUGAAGUGCUAUGUAUGGCUCAUAUCAGAGGUAUUUGUUGAUGGAUAGAACUUUGUCUUUCAAGGGGUUAUUUGUCACAUUUAGGAAUAUUUUUUCUUUUUCUGAGGAACAAAACAUUCUGAUUUAUUUCUGGCCCAUCCACACAGAUGGGAAGGGUGAUGCGUGCGACUACAAAUACCCUCCCAGUCAGAAGGAAAUUUAACUAUUGAGUUCCUACUCAUGAUUCACAGCAUGCAGGAACAGAGGGAGGAAAUUACUUUUGUGGCUAGAUGAGAAACAGUUGUCUUGGUGGCCUGUCUGUUUAUCAGUACAUGAGCUGAGUGAGGAUGAAUGUGGCAAUAGAAAAGGACAUUGAGUGCCUAUUCCCUAAAUAGUGCACUACUCUUGGCCAGAGCCCUACAGUGCCUUUAGAAAGUAUUCACACCCCUUGACCUUUUCCAAUUUUUUGGUGUUACAGACUGAAUUUAAAAUGGAAUAAAUGUAGAUUUUGUGUCACUGACCUACAUACAAUGCCCCAUAAUGUCAAAGUGGAAUUUUUAGACAUGUUUACAAAUUAAUGAAAAAUGAAAAGCUGAACUGUCUUGAGUCAGUAAGUAUUCAACCCCUUUUGGAUGGAAAGCCUAAAUAAGUCCAGGAGUAAAUAUUUGCUUAACAAGUCACAAUAAGUGGCAUGGACUCACUCUGUGUGAGUCGAGUCUCAAGUCGAGCAGUGAAUUUCAAACAUACACUACAUGACCAAAAGUAUGUGGGCACCUGCUCAUCAAACAUCUCAUUCCAAAAUUAUGGGCAUUAAAAUGGAGUUGGUCCCCUCUUUGCUGCUAAAACAGCCUCCACUCUUCUGGGAAGGCUUUCCACUAGAUGUUGGAACAUUGCUGCGGGGACUUGCUUCCAUUCAGGCACGAGCAAUGGUGAGGUCAGGCACUAAUGUUGGAUGAUUAUGCCUGGCUCGCCAUCGGCGUUCCAAUUCAUCCCAAAGGUGUUCGAUGGGUUUGAGGUCCGGGCCAGUCAAGUUCCUCCACACCGAUCUCAACAAACCAUUUCUGUAUGGACCUCGCUUUGUGCACGGGGGCAUUGUCAUGGUGAAACAGGAAAGGGCAUUCCCCAAACUGUUGCCACAAAGUUGGAAGCACAUAAUCAUCUAGAAUGUCAUUGCAUGCUGUAGCAUUAAGAUUUCCCUUCACUGGAACUAAUGGGUUUAGCCUGAUCCAUGAAAAACAGCCCCAGACCAUUAUUCCUCCUCCACCAAACUUUACAGUUGGCACUAUGCAUUUUGGCAGGUAGUGUUCUCCUGGCAUCCGCCAAACCCAGAUUUGUCCGUCGGACUGCAAUCUGCAUUGCGCAUGAUGAUCUUAGGCUUGUGUGCGGCUGCUCGGCCAUGGAAACCCAUUUCAUGAAGCUCCCGACGAACAGUUCUUGUGCUGACGUUGCUUCCAGAGGCAGUUUGGAACAUGGUAGUGAGUGUUGCAACCGAGGACAGACGAUUUUCAGCACUCUGUGGUCCCGUUCUGUGAGCUUGUGUGGCCUACCACUUUGCGGCUGAGCCAUUGUUGCUCCUAGACGUUUCCACUUCACAAUAACAGCACUUACAGUUGACCGGGGCAGCUCUAGCAGGGCAGAAAUUUGACGAACUGACUUGUUGAAAAGGUGGCAUCCUAUGCCACGUUGAAAGUCACUGAGCUCUUCAGUAAGGCCAUUCUACUGCCAAUGUUUGUCUAUGGAGAUUGCAUGACUGUACACCUGUCAUCAACGGGUGUGGCUGAAAUAGCCGAAUCCACUAAUUUGAAGUGGUGUCCACAUACUUUUGUGUAUAUAUAGUGUAGAUUCAACCACAAAGACCAGGGAGGUUUUCCAAUGCCUCGCAAAGAAGUGCACCUAUUGGUAGAUGGGUAAAAAAAUACAAUGAAUAUCCCUUUGAGCAUGGUGAAGUUAUUAAUUACACUUUGGAUGGUGUAUCAAUACACCCAGUCACUACAAAGAUACAGGCGUCCUUCUUAACUCAGUUGCCGGAGAGGAAGGAAACCGCUUAGGGAUUUCACUAUGAUGCCAAUGGUGACUUUAAAACUGAGGAUGGAUCAAUAACAUUGUAGUUACUCCACAAUACUAACCUAAUUGACAGAGUGAAAAGAAGGAAGCAUGUACAGAAUAAAAAAUAUUCUAAAACAUGUAUCCUGUUUGCAAUAAGGCACUAAAGUAAAACGGCAAAAAAUGUGGCAAAGAAAUUAACUUUAUGUCCUGAAUACAAAGCGUUAUGUUUGGGGCAAACACAACACAUCACUGAGUACCACUCUUCCUAUCUUCAGGUAUAGUGGUGGCUGCAUCAUGUUAUGGGUAUGCAUGUCAUCGUCAAGGGAGUUUUUUAGGAUGAAAAUAAAUGGAAUAGAGCUAAGCACAGGCAAAAUCAUAGAGGAAAACCUGAUUCAGUCUGCUUUUCAACAGACACUGGGAGACAAAUUCACCUUUCAGCAGGACAAUAACCUAAAACACGAGGCCAAAUAUACACUGGAGUUGCUUACCAAGAUGACAUUGAAUGUUCCUGAGUGGCCUAGUUACAGUUUUGACUUAAAUUGGCUUGAAAAUCUAUGGCAAUACUUGAAAAUGGCUGUCUAGCAAUGAUCAACAACCAACUUGACAGAGCUUGAAGAAUUUUAAAAAGAAGGUGGAAAUAUUUUACAAUCCAGGUGUGCAGAGCUCUUAGAGACUUACCCAGAAACACUGUAAUUGCUGCCAAAGGUGAUUCUAACAUGUAUUGACUCAGGGGUGUGAAUACUUAUGUAAAUGAGAUAUUUCAGUAUUUAAUUUUCAAUAAAAUUGCAAACAUUUCUAAAAACAUGUUUUCACUUUGUCAUUAUGGGGUAUUGUGUGAUUCUUUUUUUUGUAAAUCAAUUUUGAAUUCAGGCUGGUAACACAGCAAAAUGUAGAAUAAGUCAAGGGGUAUGAAUACUUUCUGAAGGCACUGUAUGUGCCCUGGUCAAAGGUGGUGCACUAUUAAGGGAAUAGGAUGCCAUUUGAAAAUUAGCCAUUCUGAUCAGUUCUCACUCAUCCUACCAUCUAGGUCGAAUCAUGAUGAAACACUAUCCGCAAGCUGUUGAAUUGAAUAAUCUCAAAUAUAUCUAUAUCUGAAAUUAUCAUACAAAUGAAAACAUACUGUUUGGUUUUGUAGGCUGGUUAUGUGCGCUUUCGCUAUGACCAUCUCUCUUCUAAACUUAUUUAGGUAGCAUUUUUAUUACGUUUGUAUUUUGAUGUGAGCAUUGCUAAAACUUAAACCAAUGAACAAACGUAAAUCAAUGUGUGCUGGCCAGGUGUAUAUGACUGCUUUAGACUCUAGAUAGGUUCUUUAGAUAUCUUACCCAGCACUUGAAAAAUAAUGGGUGAGCACAUACCAAGCGUCCUGUCCAGGGGGUGUACUUGGGCAUCUAGCUGCCUCACGCUACAGAAACAUUCGAUAUUCUCCUGCCCUAUGGGCUGUUCUGGCGCGGUCAAUGCUACUUACUUACAUACUACCAACUAAGUUGUUGGUAUCAAAGGCAUCUCAACCUCCUCCUCCUCCCACUUCUCUCAUCCUCCUCCCUCUUUCCCCCCGUAGCGAGGAACUGCAUGCGUCUGCAGGUGUUGGAGCUGGACCAUGUGAGUGAGGUCAACCAGGAAGUGGCAGCUGAGGUGUGCAGGGAGGGUCUGAAGGGCCUGGAGAUGCUGGUCCUCACCUCCACCCCGGUCACCCCUAAGGCCCUGCUACACUUCAACAGUGAGUACACCCUACACCCUACACUACAUAGUACACUACAUAAUACACUACAUAGUACACUACUGGGAGGGUCUGGAGGUUCUAGAAAUGCGGGUCCUCACCUCCACCCCCUUCACCCCCAAGGUCCUGCUAUACUUCAACAGUGAGAACACCCUACACCAGACCCAGGUUCAAAUAAAGAUGUGCUUUAUUGAGCUUGAUUUUUACAAAGGAACCAGUAGAACAAUUCCAAAAGUGCAAUCCCUUCCCAUUUAGCUUUCGAUUGCUCAAGCGAUGGCUCAAAGUGUUGAGUAAGAACCAACUGCUUUUAAUCUUUCUCAUCCAGUCAAUCAUUUCAGAUCUACACAAGUGGCUAGGGUAUAGGGGCUAGGGGUCCAUUUGGAAUUGGGUGCGAGUCUGCUGCUUCCGUGUGAGGGCUGUACACACUCUUGCCCCUCCAGGUGUGUGUCGUAACCUGAAGUCCAUCGUGGUGCAGAUCGGUGUAGAGGACUACUUCGAGGACCCCAACAGCCCAGAGGCCAGGAAGCUCUUUGACGAGAUGGUGAACAAGCUGCAGGUAAUUUUAACAGCGCUUUAAAUUCCGCUUCAGAGACCACAUCGACCACACACACACACACACACACACAUAUUCCAUUGAAUCCCAAUGCUCUUAAAAAGGAUCGCAUUUUAAUCAUCUUAUAACAUUUAAAAAGGGGGUGCAUCUCAAUACACUUAAUAAUACUAUUAAAACUUACUCUGGAUCAGUGCUUUGAGGGCAACUCCUAACUAUGUCCAAAUAAUUUCCUGUCUUUGGGUUCUCUCCUGCCCACAGUAUACAUAUAAUUUACAUGAAUAACUCUGUAGCAUCCUUUAGCGAUGGUUAGGUGGGUGAGUGAGAGUGGUCUAUUAUUACAACUCAACCAUACUGAACCGUACAUGACUCAAAACCAAGUCCAGUUCAGCUGAUCGUCUGAGGAAUUGAGGAAUUGGAAUAAUCCAGCCACUUUCUGAAGAGAGGAAGUGGGGCGUUGAGGGCGGUCGCACGCCCACGACAGGCGCCAUUCAGAGGUUUAAAAUUCAUCUAAAAUUUUAUCUACGGGCCCUGGUCAAAAGUAGUGCACUAAAUAGGGAAUAGGGUGGGUGUGUGAGCCUUCCCUUCUUCUGUGAGUCAGUGAGGAAGGUGUCCCUUUCUCGCUAGCUGAUGCUGUGCUAGAUUGCUCAUAGCCGUUAAGUAACUAACUCCAGAGAGCUAAAAGCGUGUGUGUAAUUUCGGCACUGUUCAUUUGUCAUGGCUGGAGCCAGACGGGGGAGAAGCAAAGCAAACGUUUAAUCAAACUCAAUGAAUCCUCGAGGGGGAGGAACCUAUGAGUUAUGUGUGUACUGUACAGUCAGUGAAAACCGCUAUUCCAAGCCUAGGAACCAGCACAGUCAUUCAUUUCUUACGUGUGUGCGCAACGGUCUACAAACGUAGUUAUAUGCUUACUUUUCUGUUUAUAAAUCCAGCUUCUCCCUGAGACACACAAAACAUAUUUUAGAUUCACACAUGCUUAAUAGGGCUGUGACGAUACCAGUAUCGCAAUAUUUUUUCCAUGGUGAAAAAGUAUUUAAAAAACCUGCUGUAUGUAAAAUAUUGUGUGCUAUAGUUUGGAAAAUAAAUAAAUGUGACUCUGGAUGACAACAUAAAUGAUGUUUGUUUCCAACAUUAGGGCUAUUUUCCUAAAGAAGUUGAAUCCGCUUUGUGUUUUGUUUCCUUGCCAUGAUACUAACGAGUAUUGUGAUGCUGGUAUCGUCCCAGCCCUAAUGCUUAAAUGCACUCACUCAGAUAAAAAUAGAUUCAGGCACGUUCAUUCACACACACACUUUUGAUGGUUCAACGGCCUCUACUGUGUGUGUGUGUGUGUGUGUGUGUGUGUGUGUGUGUGUAUGCAUGUGUCUACAUGUGUAUGCACAAUAGUCUACAAACUAAGAGAGUUAUGUUUACUUUUCUCUAUAUAAACGAGUGUAGCGGGCCUCCCUAGUGGCGCAACAGUCUAAGGCACUGCAUCGCAGUGCAUGAGGCGUCACUACAGACCCGGGUUCGAUCCCGGGCUGUGUCACAGCCGGCCGUCACCCGGAAGACCCAUGAGGCGGCGCACACUUGGCCCAGCGUCGUCUGGGUUAGGGUAGGGUUUGUCCCAUCGCGCUCUAGCGACUCCUUGUGGCGGGCCGGGCGCCUGCAAGCUGACUUGGGUCGCCAGCUGUACGGUGUUUCCUCCGACAGAUUGGUGCGGCUGGCUUCCGGGUUAAGCGAGCAGUGUGUCAAGGAGCAGUGCGGCUUGGCAGGGUCGUGUUUCAGAGGACGCAUGACUCUCGACCUUCGCCUCUUCCGAGUCCGUAGGGGAGUUGCAGCGAUGGGACAAGACUGUAACUACCAAUUGGAUAUCACGAAAAAGGCGUGAAUAAAAUAAAAAAUAAAUAUACUUAAAAUGAGUGUAGCGGUCUAAUCCCUCUUUCUAAUCACUCCAUCCAUCCCUCCUUCCCCUCCAGGGUUUGAAGAAGAGACCGGGCUUCUCCAAAAUUCUGCACGUGAAGGCGGACAUCCUCUGC